AUGGCCCGUGGACCGAGUGCAAAGAGGAGGCGCUUGAGCCCUCCAGCGGAUGUCAAAGCAGCUCAAAAUGCUGAGCUGUACAGCGGUGCUGACGAAUGGGACGCGGAGCAAGACUACGAGCGUCGCCCGCGCAAAUCCAACAAGAAAGAGAACGAGCGCACCCGAUUGCCCAUCAAGACCUCCGAGGGCUUUGUUCAUGCAGCCGAAGUUGUUGAGGAUGCUGGAGAGGAAACAGACAGUUUCUUGGGCACCGAUGAUGACGACGACGAAAUGGAGGACGGAUCGGGAGACGAAGACAGUGAAGAGGAGGAAGAGAUCGAGAAAAAGCCAAAGAUUCCCCUGAAGGUCCAAAUUCUCCAAGCAAAGGAGGAUUUGGCUCGUAUUGCCACUUCGAUCAAUGAGGACCCCGAGGAGAACAUUGCGCUUUUCAAGACCAUGGCCGACAUGGUAGACAACGAGGACUCUCCUGUCACGGUCAGAAAACUGGCUCUGGCUGCGCAGGCUGCGGUCUACAAGGAUGUGAUCCCCGGAUAUCGAAUUCGCCCUCUGAGUGAAGAAGACAUGCAAGGCAAGCACUCGAAGGAAGUCCGCAAACUGCGCAACUUCGAGCAGUCAUUGGUCUCUGGGUACAGGAAUUAUGUCCAAAAGCUAGCGACACUGUCAAAAGCCGGACGAGUCAAUGCUGCCACAGACCCCAGCUUGCGGAGCCUCGCUAUCAGUUGCGCCUGUACGUUGCUGCAGGCUGUACCUCAUUUUAACUUCCGAACUGAGCUGCUCAAAAUUUUGGUCAACCGUCUUGCCCGAAAGCAAGUAGAUGGCGAUUUUGUCAAGUGCCGUGAAACUAUGGAGGAAAUUUUCGCUAAGGACAAUGACGGAGUCGUCUCUCUUGAAGCAGUGCGUCUGCUUUCAAAGAUGAUGAAGGCACGAGAGUUCAACAUCAAUGAAAGUGUCCUGAACACCUUUCUUCAUCUCCGCCUCCUGGGUGAAUUCUCCAGGAAGGCAUCGCGAGAUCGAGUCGACCCCAAUGAGCCGGAGGAGGAGAAGACCCUCGGAAAGAAGCAGAAGCAGAAGCGCGAGUUCAGAACCAAGCGGGAACGUAAGGUAAUGAAGGAGCGCAAGGUUGUCGAGAAAGAUAUGAAGGUCGCCGAUGCAUUGGUCUCACACGAAGAGAGAGACAAGAACCAGGCCGAGACUCUGAAGCUUGUCUUUGGCAUCUAUUUCCGCAUACUGAAGCAGCGCAUUCCCAAUCUCAUGGGUCCUGUACUCGAGGGUCUUGCCAAAUACGCGCAUCUGAUCAAUCAAGAUUUCUUCGGGGACCUUCUGGAGGCGAUGAAAGAUCUCAUUGGCCACGCCGAGCGUGAUGAGCUGGGCCAAGCCGAUGAAGACGUCUCCGAAGACGAGGAAGAUGAAGAAGAAGACGACGAAUCAUACAAGACCGAGGUCACAAAACGAGACGCUCGCCGUGAGACGCUUCUGUGCACAAUCACAGCCUUUGCUCUGCUUGAGGGACAAGAUGCCAGCAAAGCUGCCAGCACCCUCCACUUGGACCUGAGUUUCUUCAUCAAACACCUCUACCGCUCACUUUACACCCUGUCCGUCAACCCCGACGUCGAGUAUAACCCUAAUACAUCCCUCCGUCUCCCCGACCCAAACUCCGCCGAAGAACAAGCAGCCGCCCAAUUGAAGGCCAACAACAAGGUCAACUUCCAGACACCCAUGGUUUUGCUGCUCCGUUGUCUUCAGUCAGCCUUGCUAUCCCGAGCUCACGGAACACCACCCCCAGUCCGCCUGGCUACUUUUGCCAAGCGUCUCAUGACGACUUCCCUGCAGCUACCAGAGAAAUCAGCCAUUGCAACUCUGUCGCUGAUGAAUCAAGUCUCAAAGCACCACGCACGCAGAAUCUCCUCUCUAUGGCAUUCGGACGAGCGCAAGGGAGAUGGUGUGUUCAACGCAUACGCUACCGAUGUGGAGGCUACGAACGUCUACGCGGGGUCUGUAUGGGAAGGCGAACUCCUGCGUCAUCACUACUGCCCCCAAGUGAGAGAGUCGAUUGUUGAUAUUGAGAAGAUGAUGACAGGGACUGGUACAAAAUAG